CAUGAGGUAUAAAAACCUAGGAGAAGAAGAGGUCAAACUUCACACCAUACUGUGGGAUAGAGAGAGUUGAACAUAUCCGUCCACUCUAACAGGACCCACUUCUUCUCGAAGCUAUGUCUGGAAACCUGUACAUCUUUUCAAUUCUACUUGGAACAGCAAUUUUUCAUGGGACAGAAGAAACUACUGGGACGUCACCCACAUCAACAGUUGCAAUAACCAGCAGCCUAGCUUCAACAGCUGAUUCUACUUCUUCCACUGCUAACCCUGAGUCCACUGCUGCUGCUACUGCUACCUCUGGAACAGCUGGAACAGACUCAGUCACCUCCACAGCUCCAGCGACUGAAUCCACUUCUACAGCCAGCAGCACAGAGGCAGCGCAAGGCAACUCCACCAACGGGGGGAUGGAGGAAACAGAUAAUGGGCUAACCCCAGCUGAGGCUGCAGGAGUGGCAGUGGGGACCAUUGCUGGGGUUGCUGCACUAGGUGGAGGGAUAUUUGCUGGUUUAAAGUUCAGUGGAAAACUGGGCUAGUCUCACAACUUCACUCUCACAUCUUCAGCCUUAAGACUGGAAGAGCAGUCACUGUGCCACAGAAGAGUGAUAGAGCAAAUGGAAAAAAUACACCACACACACACUUUAUUAUCAAUUUUAAUAUAAAUUAUGGAGGCAUUUUAGAUUUUUUUAUAGAGGCAUUUUAGAUUUAUUCACGUAAAUUUUAACAGCACAGUUAUAUUGAACAACACUAACGCUUUUAUCAUCCGUUUUUAACAAAAGUCCAAAUUUGGCCAAUUAUAUGUUGGCAAUGUAUGUAGUUUCUUCUGCCAGAAAAAGUAGUUCUGUCAGUUUAGAGUAAAGCAGCCAGUGCUGUUGUUUAGCAAAGAGUGGUGAGUGGAAUGAUAGAGGUAUGGUAACUAAAACAAGCUGUUGUCAUAUACCAUACUUUUCGACCAAUCAGAUUGUGUCAGAACUGUUAUGAGAUUACAUAGCAGACUCAGCAAACUAGGUGUAUAUUGCAUUCUGGAAAAAUUAGAUAUCCAUAUAUCAAAGACCAUAUAUCUAUGUUUUUAGUAAUCCCCUUAUUACUGUAUUGCACUUUUUAUAUUAAAAAUAUAUAUAUUGUG